GUGCGUGAAGGCGGCCAGCUAGCUUGCUUUGUGGGGUUUUCUCUUUUUUCGGUCCGGGCAACGAUAUUCGCGGGUCGCGGGACUCGUCGUGCGUCGUCGAGUAACGUGUCUUCUGUUUGUGCGGGGUGAUGUGGAAUUUGCAUCGGUUUGCCGUCUGAAGUGGAAAAAAGUGCACUACAUACUAGCGAAUCGGAUCGACAACAGCUGAGCUGAGUGAGUGAGUGAGCCCAGUCUUUUAUCCGAUCCGAUCGCGAUUGAACCGACCGAAGGCGUCACCCACAGGCACAGGAAGUGCUAUUUAUAAUCAAUUCGGAUGUUUGCUUUGAGGUAGUGUUGUGGAUAGUGGAUAGUACAGAGGAAGCGUGUGGCGAGGUGCGCGGAACGGAUGCAGUUUUUCGGAGUGCAUUUAUGUGUUGCGUACUUGCGUUUAUGCCGGGCACGGUGUUGAUGAAAGCAGGGUUGGGCCAAAAAUAGACAUCGAGCUGCGUCCAGAACGAAGUUGUCUACAUAAUUAUUAAUAGAUUUAUUGAUGAUACACAGUUAAUAAUUUAAUUGCCGUGUACUCAGUGCACAAUUCGUGUGUGCUGCAGUGAAUAUAACUAGUGCGUUUCGUUGCCACCGGCAACGGUAUGAGCGAGAAGUGAACAGCAGUUACUAGAAGUGUACAUACAUACAACAUAAGUACGAAUGCAAGUACUCGUAAAGGCGAGAAGAGAGAAAAAGUCAGAAGAAGAAAACGAAGAAAGCUCAACAUAACUCGUAGAUAGAGCGAGAGACAGUGUGAAGAUCGCCUGCGAUCUGAAGAAGCCGACGAAUGUGUGAAUAUGUGUUGUGUGGUGGAAUGAUGGUAUUUUUAAGUGAAUGAAAAAUUAAUGCUAAUUACGCACCCUUAGUUGCCGCUGGUGAAGUGCGAACGAUUGAAUUGUCAAAACAGAAACCAGGUGGAUGUUUAAUGAUAUUUAAAAAACUGAAAAAAUCUCGUCACACACGAAUAAUUAGUGCUUCAUGAGCUCUUCUGGGCCGGGAUAGACAGAAGAUCGGGUUGGUGCGUAACCGUAGCCUACUACUGUGACUGUCAUCGGAUUUGUUUAUCUCGCUCUAGCGCUGUGUAGCUAGGACGGUUGUGCGUUUUUUGUUUGCUUCGGCAGCCUCUCGAAAACGACAGCUGAAAGGAUCCCAUUCAGAUCCCCGUCCGAAAGCAGCAUCACCAUCUGACACACACGCGGCCAAUGCAAUCCACACACGCACACGAUUCAAGCAACUGAUAUAUCAAUCCGUUCGUGCUCAUUCCCGCCUGUUAUUAGCCUGUCGACCGGAAAGCAACUUUGACGAAAGCCAGACCCCGGCUGCCUUUACUGCCGAAGCCAAAUCUCCUAACCAUAGCGUGAAUUUGAUUUCGAUUCCAGGAAAGAAGAUCACACAGAAUGUGUUUCAUCUCGAUGGGUCUCGGUCGCGCGGCGAUUGGAGAUGUAAAAUCAUUGAAAAGGGUUGACAGCCUCAGCCAAAAUGGGAUGCGGUAUCGUUUCCAGCCCCGACGGAAAGAAGUGCUGCCACCGUUGGAUCGACACUUUUUUCCCACUUUUGCCUGGGUCUGGUCGAGAAAACAAACUACUACAGUGAAGAUCGAAGCAAGCGCGUGCGAAACCCUGGCUACGAAUCGCGCUGAUAAAGGAGAGGAGUAAAAAGAUGGAUUGAGUGUUGAAUGACCGUUCGAAAACUUAUAUGUAGAGAUCGAAAGUGUUUUUUUUGUUAUCUUUGUGAAGCAGUGCUAUAGAGGAUCUACCGAGUGUGAUCGAUAUUCGACUCCGAACCGGUUCAGUGAAAGCUGUGAUUUGGACAGUCUCAGAUUCCAGAAAAAUCGCGGAAGUGGUACGUGCGAACCUAAAAUGACGAUGCUGUUCUACUGUUUGGCGCUGGCGAUGGUCCAGUUCCCGUUGACAAAUGCCCAGUACCGAUCGCCCCGCAUCACCGAGCAUCCGAGCGAUGCCAUCGUACCGAAGAAUGACCCGGUGACGCUGAACUGCAAGGCCGAAGGAAAACCGCAACCGUUGGUCCAGUGGUACAAGGACGGCGAGCUGGUCGUGCUGGACUCGAACCAUGUGCUGCUGCCGUCGGGGUCGCUGUUUUUCCUGCGCACGGUCCACAGCAAGAAGGACCAGGACGACGGGGUGUACUGGUGUGCGGCUAGCAACAAGGCGGGCACGGUGCAUAGCCGGAACGCGACACUUCAGGUUGCAGUACUGCGCGAUGAUUUCCGAGUCGAACCCAAGAACACCCGAGUAGCAGCCGGUGAAACAGCACUGCUAGAAUGUGGUGCUCCUAAAGGCAAUCCGGAACCGACGAUUCACUGGAAGAAGGACGAAAUCCCGAUGGGCCUGGAUGACUAUCGGAUCAGCAAAGAGUUGGCACGCGUCCGAAUCGUUGACGGCGGAAAUCUUCUUAUCAGCGACGUUCGUUCCGAAGAUGCCGGACGCUAUCAGUGUAUAGCGCAGAACAUGGUCGGCUCGCGUGAAAGUGUCCCCGCUCGGCUCACCGUGCAAGUCAAACCGUACUUCCUGGCGAAACCCGUCGAUGUCACCGUACUGGAAGGUCACCGGGUUCAGUUCCAGUGCGCCGUCAGCGGGGACCCAUUCCCCCAGGUGCUCUGGAGCAAGGAGAACGGUCACAUUCCGGUGGGUCGGGCCGACAUUCUGGAGGAGGACAGAAGUUUGAUUAUCCGGAAUGCGACCUUGGAUGACCGGGGACAGUACAUAUGUGAGGCGCACAACAGCGUAGGACAGAUCAGCGCCCGGGCCAAUCUGGUCGUUAACACUCCGCCAUAUUUCAUCAGUCGUCCCCAGGAUCAGAAGGUCGUCCCGAACGGGGUUGCCACAUUUCGCUGCGCGGCAAGUGGCAAUCCAGUCCCGUCCGUUUUCUGGACCAAGGAGGGCUCGCAGACGCUGAUGUUUCCGAACAACACCUACGGCAGCAUUCAGAUUUCCGGUCAGGGAUCGCUACAGAUUCGUGGUGUCCAGCGGGAAGAUGACGGGUACUACGUCUGCUCGGCACUCAGUGUGGCCGGAUCGAUGACGAGUCGGGUGUAUUUGCAGGUCACCUCAUCACUGGACUCAAUAACCCCACCUCUGCUGCAGUUGGUUCCCACGAAUCAAUCCCUUCCGGCCGGAUCCAGUACCGUACUGCCUUGUCGACUGGUCGACCCCUCCAGCAACGCACGCAUCCACUGGGAACGGGACGGUAUCGAGUUGAGCACUUCCUCCAUCUCGAAGCUAACUCAACUCCCCGGCGGUUCCCUCAAGCUAGACGACCUACAAACACAGGACAGUGGAUGGUACCGUUGUGUAGCCCGGCUAGGAAAUGCUGGUCCAUCUUCCGCAUCUGCCACAACGCUUACGUCGUCCUGGAGUGCCUAUUUGCUGGUCGAGGACACUGUCGCCACCCCACAGCAACGCUCAUUCAACGCCGAACUGGCUCCGCCGGCACCCGGUUCGCCAAAACCGCUGAACAUUACCAACAGCAACGUGACGCUGGCCUGGCCGAGUCGUGGUCAAGAGCGGUCCCGUUCGGCAGGCUCCCCCCUUACCUACACCAUCGAACAGUUCAGUCCGGACGAUGAUAGCAACGAUGGUUGGCGGAUAGCGCUACGUCAUAUCGCGGGAAACACUGCCACCGUGACCGGGCUGGUACCGGAUGCGACCUACCUGUUUGUUGUUCGAGCGGAAAACGCUUACGGCGUUUCGUCCCCGUCCGCCCUGUCGGCACCGGUUCGCACGCUGUCCUCGGAUGACCGCGUUAGCGUACCGGAGGAACUGGAAAGUGCCCGAAAUGUGCUCAACGGAAAGAUCCUGGAGCUAAUCGAUAUCAUCCCACUGUCAUCAACCUCCGUCCGACUGGAGUGGCUCCUUCACGUUGGCAGUUCCGAGCAGUACGUGGAAGGUUUCUACGUACGUUACCGGGAGCUCGAAUCCUCCAAUCAACGCUACAGCAUGCUAUCCAUUCCGAACAACGAAAUCGAAAGUCACAUUAUAUCGAAUCUGAACAAGUUUACCAAAUACGAAUUUUUCCUGACUCCCUACUUCAAGAACCUGGAAGGUCAACCGAGUAAUGCCCGAAUCGUACAGACAAUGGAAGAUCUUCCAUCGGCAGCACCGGGUAAUGUUCAAACAGGGAUGUUUAACCUUACCGCUGGAUGGGUCCGAUGGACUCCUCCACCGAAGGAAUCGCUGAAUGGUGUCCUGCAAGGGUACAAGAUUCAGGUGAAGGCUGGAAACAUCUCGAAACUGUUGGCUCAGAUGACGUUGAACUCGACUACUACGACGGUGAUGCUCAACAAUAUGACAACCGGAUCCAGCUACGGGAUUCGAGUGGUGGCCUAUAAUCGGGUGGGUCUAGGACCGUAUUCGAAGCCGGUUCAUUUGGUGAUGGAUCCCUCGUUUGUCAUAGUUCCUCAGGGCGUUCACAACAGUUAUAACGAUUACGAAGAUCACCGGCAUCACAACUUCCUGCACGAAACUUGGUUUAUGAUUUUUGUGGUGCUAUCGUUGUUCAUUAUUCUGUUAUUCACGAUUGUUGGAGGAGUGAUCUUCUUCAAAAGACGUCAAGGACUGGGUAAACCGGUUGUUACGGUCCCGAUCGGUGCUAGGCGAGAUAUUCCCAACUUGAACGUGAUGCGAAAAGACAACGGAAUCUGGAUCGAUCGUGGUUGGAGGACUUGCGAUACGGAUAAGGAUUCGGGGCUGAGUUCGAUCAAAUUGCUGGAAGGAAAUCAGAUCUAUCCGAAUCAGACGCUGUCGGACGGAGGAACUGAUUACGCGGAAGUGGAUCCGAGAGGAGUUACAUCAUUUUAUAACUGUAGAAAGUCGCCGGAAAGUCCAACUCCCUACGCCACCACGAUGAUCAUCAACGGGAUUCCCCACAGCGAGAAUGGUGACAUCAGCUUUCAAGGUCACGACACUUUCUCAUCUACGGCUUCGAGUUUCCGGUCGUUCUACGGCUACCCGCGGCCUGUCAACAGUAAUCAAGUUCCUCCCAACUGGGUCGACUACCUACCACCACCACCGGAACAUCCCCCACCGGCACCACAACCAUUGGACAUCGGACAUCUGAAUCACGUCUACCCAUCGGAACGGGUCGGAUCGAUCUCCAGCUCACAGGGUUCGAGUUCGUACUGUUCCCGCCACACCGGCGGCUACAAGUGAGAUCCGGCCAAAUACCGCUUCUUCAACAGUCAAUACCUGAUCAGUCCAACGGUUGCCCUCCGCGAUUGCUACUAGUGCUAGUCAGCGGUCAGAAGGAGGGCUUCCGGUGACAGCGACAUCCGUUAACAUCAGACUUUCGCGGCGGUCUGUGUGUGUGUCCGGGGGUUGCGCGGCCUCUUCGAAACCUAAAACAAAACCAAAAAAAAAGUAAAUAGCAAACCGUAGAACAACCGAGAAGUGCCAACCAUCCCCCGUCAUCCGUGUCGCUCCGCGAAAGCGAAAGUUAACCCCAGCAGAUAAGUUAGGGCUGGAAGCUAUUGAGCCCUUAUGGUUGCCGCAAGCACAUUCUCCGGAUUGGAUAUUCCUCCCCUUGAAGGAACGAUUCCUGCGAUGAAUACGUGCCAAAAGCUUUGCUUGCCUAGCUGCCAUCAGUAGGGAGAAGAUCGUCACCAGAACAGACAGUCUUCUCUGAAAGUGCCAAUAUUGCUAAAGAAGUUUCAGAAAAUGUAGUGACACGAAAACAAAACAGAUUUUAUCAUAUUUACAAUUUGUAGAAUUCGGAAAUUACUAUUGAAAGUGAAAAUCAUUACUAACGACAAGUAGAUGCAGAUGAUAAAUUUAUUUUGCGAGUCCUUAAAGUUUCUUCCUUUUCUAUGACGUUAAUGGUAAAAC